AUGUCCAGUCUCCACUUCCGCAUCGCAACCGCGGACGAUGCCCCUCAACUCCAGCAGCUGAUUCAAGCUGCAUUCCGCGCUGAGGACAGCAGGAAGGAUUGGGUGGGAGAUGCAGAGCUCGCAGCAAAUUUUUGUAUCAGCGUCGAUGAGAUCCUACCCAAGAUUACAUCUCCCGACAGCGAGAUGAUCAUGGCCUUUGACGACAACGGCGCCCUAGCAGGAACAGUUGGCGUAUUUCACCGCAGCGACGACUUGGCAAGGCUCUUCUACCUCGCCGUGGACCAAACUCUUCACCGAGGCGGACUUGGACGACAGGUUCUCGAGUAUGCUGAGGGAUACUGUCAGAGGACUUGGGGUGUUAAGAAGUUGGGGCUUGAUGCGCUCACGUUGCGCAAGGAGCUUAUUGCGUGGUAUAUGAGGCGUGGGUAUGUCCCGACGGGUGAAAUUACGCCGUUUCCUGUGGACAAGCUUAAUGGAAGGGCUUUGCCUGAGGGGUUGGGGUUUGUUGAGAUGGAGAAGGAAGCAAAGUUGGAGGCAUAA